AUGAUCGCAUCGCACCUCCUCGCUUACUUCUUCACCGAGCUCAACCAUGACCAGGCGCAGAAGGUGGACAAGUACCUGUACCACAUGCGGCUCUCGGACGAGACCCUGCUGGAGGUGUCGCAGCGCUUUGAGAAGGAGAUGGAGAAGGGGCUGGGGGCAGACACCAACCCCACGGCCUCCGUGAAGAUGCUGCCCACCUUCGUGAGGUCCACGCCGGACGGGACAGAGGACGGCGAUUUCCUGGCCCUGGACCUGGGCGGCACCAAUUUCCGCGUGCUGCGCGUGAAGGUGUCGGACAACGGGCUGCGCAAGGUGGAGAUGGAGAACCAGAUCUACGCCAUCCCCGAGGAGCUGAUGAGGGGCAGCGGGGUCCAGCUUUUUGACCACAUCGCUGAGUGUUUGGCCAACUUCCUGGACAAGCUGCAGAUCAAGGACAAGAAGCUGCCCCUGGGCUUCACCUUCUCCUUCCCGUGUCACCAGACCAAGCUGGACGAGAGCAUCCUCGUGACGUGGACCAAAGGGUUCAAGUGCAGCAGCGUGGAGGGCAGGGACGUGGUGUCCCUGCUGCGCAAGUCCAUCAAGAAAAGAGGGGACUUUGACAUCGACAUCGUGGCCGUGGUGAACGACACCGUGGGCACCAUGAUGACCUGUGGCUACGACGACCAGAACUGUGAAGUUGGCCUCAUUGUUGGAACUGGAACCAACGCCUGCUACAUGGAGGAGAUGAGGCACAUCGACCUGGUGGAGGGGGACGAGGGCAGGAUGUGCAUCAACAUGGAGUGGGGAGCCUUUGGUGACGACGGGGUGCUCAACGACAUCCGCACCGAGUUCGACCGCGAGAUCGACAUGGGCUCGCUCAACCCUGGCAAACAAUUGUUUGAGAAGAUGAUCAGCGGGAUGUACAUGGGCGAGCUGGUCAGGCUCAUCCUGGUGAAGAUGGCCAAGGACGGGCUGCUCUUCGGGGGAAGGCUCACGCCAGACCUGCUCACCACGGGCCACUUUGAGACCAGAUUCGUGUCUGCCAUUGAGAAGGAGAAGGAGGGGCUGCAGAAAGCCCACGAGAUCCUGAGCAAGCUGGGGCUGGAGCCGUCGCACGAGGACUGCGUGGCCACGCUGCGCAUCUGCCAGAUCGUGUCCACGCGCUCGGCCGCGCUCUGCGGGGCCACGCUGGCCGCCGUGCUGCGCCGCAUCCGCGACAACAAGGGCGGCGACCGGCUGCGCUCCACCGUGGGCGUGGACGGCUCCGUGUACAAGAAACACCCUCACUUUGCCCGCCGCCUGCACAAGACCGUGCGGAAGCUGCUGCCCGACUGCGAGAUCCGCUUCAUCCGCUCCGAGGACGGCAGCGGCAAAGGCGCGGCCAUGGUGACGGCCGUGGCCUACAGGCUGGCUGCUCAGCACCAGGCCCGCCAGAAGAUCCUGGAGCCCCUCAAGCUGAGCCACGAGCAGCUGCUGGAGGUGAAGGAGAGGAUGAGGAUGGAGAUGGAGAAAGGGCUGGGCAAGGAGACGCACGAGGAGGCGACGGUGAAGAUGCUGCCCACCUACGUGUGCUCCACUCCUGAUGGAACAGAAAAGGGAGAUUUCCUGGCCCUGGACCUGGGAGGAACCAACUUCCGUGUGCUGCUGGUGCGCGUCAGGAACGGGAUGCGGCGCGGGGUGGAGAUGCACAACAAGAUCUACUCCAUCCCCGUGGAGAUCAUGCAGGGCACGGGAGAGGAGCUCUUUGACCACAUUGUGCACUGCAUCUCUGACUUCCUGGAGUACAUGGGGAUGAAGGGCGUGUCGCUGCCGCUGGGCUUCACCUUCUCCUUCCCUUGCCAGCAGAACAACCUGGACGAGGGAAUCCUCCUGAAGUGGACAAAAGGCUUCAAGGCGACGGGCUGCGAGGGAGAGGACGUGGUGGGGCUGCUGAAGGAGGCCAUUCACAGGAGGGAGGAAUUCGACCUGGACGUGGUGGCAGUGGUCAACGACACCGUGGGCACCAUGAUGACCUGUGGCUACGAGGAUCCCUACUGUGAAGUUGGGCUGAUUGUCGGCACGGGCAGCAACGCCUGCUACAUGGAGGAGAUGAGGAACGUGGAGCUGGUGGAAGGGGACGAGGGCAGGAUGUGUGUGAACAUGGAGUGGGGCGCCUUUGGGGACAGCGGCUGCCUGGAUGACAUCCGCACCGAGUUCGACGUGGCCGUGGAUGAGCUGUCCCUCAACCCUGGCAAGCAGAGGUAUGAGAAGAUGAUCAGUGGGAUGUACCUGGGGGAAAUCGUCCGCAACAUCCUGAUGGACUUCACCAAGAAAGGGCUGCUCUUCCGGGGACGCAUCUCAGAGAGGUUGAAGACCAGAGGGAUCUUUGAGACCAAGUUCCUGUCCCAGAUAGAGAGCGACUGCCUGGCCCUGCUGCAGGUGCGCUCCAUCCUGCAGCACCUGGGCCUGGAGUCCACGUGCGACGACAGCAUCAUCGUCAAGGAGGUGUGCACGGUGGUGGCGCGGCGCGCGGCCCAGCUCUGCGGCGCCGGCAUGGCCGCCGUGGUGGACAAGAUCCGCGAGAACCGCGGCCUGGACUUCCUCAAGGUCACCGUGGGCGUGGACGGGACGCUCUACAAGCUGCACCCGCACUUCUCCACGGUGCUGCAGGAGACAGUGAAGGAGCUGUCCCCCAAGUGUGAAGUGACCUUCCUGCAGUCGGAGGACGGCAGCGGCAAGGGCGCCGCGCUGAUCACGGCCGUGGCCUGCCGCAUCCGCGAGGCCGGCCAGCGGUAGAGGCCAGCAGGUUUGCCCCGGAGCUUGGUUUCAGCAGAACAGGACGCGUUUCCUCUCCCAGCCCCUCCCUCGUCCCCCUGCACACACUCACACGCCCCCUCCCCUCCAAGCAGACUCGUAGCUUUACUCGUUCCCGGGGCACCACGGCGCGAUGGAGGCGCCGUGGGCUCCGUACCAAGUGUUGUCGUAGGAGUUUCCUUGCAUGCCAUGAAACCCGCUGUCGAGUAAAGCUCACAGCGCCUUUUGGCUUCUCCCUGCAUUUCCAGGUGGAGCUGGAGCUGUCCCACCUCCGUCACCCCCCAGCUCUCCUCCCACCACCGGCCCUCCCCUAGCAGCAGUAGGGAUAACACUCGGAUGAUUCAGACACUGCAUUGUCACUUUAACAGAACCUAUUUAUGUGUGUCGGAGCCGUAGCUGUCCGUGCUGUAGAAGCAAACCUCUAAGAUUGGGCUAAAGACCUCCACUAGUCUUUUACCCUGAUCAAGGCUGCAUUAUUUCCAUGAAAGUCAUGGUAACUCUUAAAGCACAGGGUGCAGAGUUCCACGGGCGUGGCUGUGGCUGCACUGGAGGUACCGCGUACCUCCCUUGGUGAGCGACCCCAGAAAGUUCUGGGGCCAGGCUGCAGGGCCCCUCAGCCUUG